CGUCUGCCGACGACACCGACGCUGGUGCCCACGGAGCGAUCGCGGGGUUUCCACCCGCACAGCACUCAAUGGUAGCAGCUGAGGGGCGAGUGCGGAGCGCGGGUUGCCAGACCCGCAGGAUUUCUCACGGCUCGCGGACUAGAAUGCUGUUGUACAUGUAUCCCCACGAACGGAUGACAGCCUCCAGAACAAACCUACGCUGAAAACUUUCCACCCCGAAUUUGACGCGGAGCUGUGGAAUUGCGAUUUUUUUUUUGGGGGGGUGGGGGUUGUGUUUUGUCAACCAGGUACCAAGAGCAGAGCAUCGUGCAGGUGCAAACGGUCGGGCCGGCGUUACUGAAAUGAGUAGCUCGGCGCUGACGCGUUUCGUUGUGGCCGCAGAACCCCGCAUCGUCAGAUGCCAUUUUACCCUGCGUUACCCGAGCGACCGGAAUUCCAACGCACUGGGCCCGUUGUGCGAGCAGAAGUUCGUGAGGCAGCUGGCAAGCGAGCUGGCGCAAUGACAAGCUGCGCCGUCGAAGGCAUCGUGCGCCAUUCGUGCUGAAAGCUUAUGGGUCCUGCGUACUCGAGCUCCCCGGCUUUCCACUUGGAGAGGUUCGCGGCUGGGAAACUUCGCACUGGCUGUCGGUUUCACAUCUGGACCGCCUGACUGCCGUCAUCUGCGGCCUGUUCCGACCGUGCACUCCACGAACUUGUAUGUAUAAGGGGGUACCGAACCGGAUCGCCUCGGGUGGUGUCGUGUUAAGGCAAAACAAAACAACCAGGGGGGUGAAUAUUUGUCUUGGACUUGGACGUUAUCGGUGAUCGGAAGGAACACCGUGGUCCAAAGCUGGACUGGCUUACCACUCAAGGAAAAACACGCUUAUCCAGCUAUGGAUUUUGCGUAGCAAAGUCACGCGUUUUUAAAGGCAAGGCUAGGGUGACAUUGCAGUCUUCUCAACACAUCGGUUAUUUUGUCGUCCGACAAAAAAGAAAAAGCGUGAAAGUGGAGUGUUGUCCGUCCUACGUAUCCGCGCAGUGGGAUUUCUACGUCUGGUCGGCGUUCCCCCCCCCACCCUUCCCGCGGUGACGGUUAUGGGUCGGAAGCGGUGUGUCGGUGCAGAUUGUUCCAAGAUGGCGGCCGGGUGCUGCGGGGUGAAGAAGCAGAAACUGUCGGGAUCGCCUGGGUCGGGGUGUCCCGGCGGGAUGGGGGCGGCAAACGGGGUGGCAGGAACCGGGCAUUGUGGCUCGGAGUUGGGGAUUGGCUCCUCGGCCACCGUUGCGACAGCGGCGAACGUGAGCAGAGCCAACGGCCUGGGGGGACCUGGGGGUAACGUUAGCAGCAGCAGCAGCAGCAGUAGUGGUAGCAGCGGCACGAACGCUCUCUCCCUGUCCCCGGCCGGUUACUCUUCAUCCGGCCUCUCCCCGAAUCUCAGCUCGGGACCUGGUUCGGGAAGUGGCGGCAGGAAGAUGGUCGUCUCGGCGGAGAUGUGCUGCUUCUGUUUUGACGUUCUUUAUUGCCAUCUGUACGGAUACCAACCCCCGAGAACACCCAGGUUUACAAAUGAUCCCUACCCGCUGUUUGUCACAUGGAAAAUAGGCAGAGACAAGCGGUUGAGGGGUUGUAUAGGUACAUUUUCUGCCAUGAAUCUGCACUCAGGACUCAGGGAGUACACCCUUACCAGUGCCCUUAAAGACAGCCGCUUCCCCCCUAUGACAAGGGAUGAGCUGCCUCGCCUCUUCUGCUCAGUGUCUCUUCUCACCAACUUUGAAGACGUUGGUGAUUACCUUGACUGGGAGGUGGGUGUUCACGGUAUUAGGAUAGAGUUUUUCAAUGAAAAAGGAUCAAAGCGCACCGCCACCUAUCUACCAGAGGUUGCGAAGGAGCAAGGUUGGGACCAUAUUCAAACCAUAGAUUCCUUACUACGAAAGGGAGGUUACAAAGCUCCCAUCACAAACGACUUCAGGAAGACCAUUAAGUUAACCAGGUACCGUAGCGAGAAGAUAACAAUGGGUUAUGCAGAGUACAUCGCCCACCGCCAGCACCAUCACUACCAGAAUGGCAUUGGGCACCCUCUACCACCCUACAACCAUUAUUCCUGACAGCGAGCCGCAUGACCAAUCAUUGGACCUCUCUGCGGACCUUUUCCCAGGAGAGCCAGCCCCCUCCUGGUCUAGCUAUUUCUACUACUGUACCAUUUUAUGAUGAUAGUUUCCGUUGCCAUGCUGGCCGUCUCCCAGACGUUGACAUGGCAACGGGUGGCAACGAAGCAUCAUUACGGCAAGAUCCACAUUUCUUUUUCUUUGCCUUUGCAGCUCAUGUAUUCGAAUAUUUAGAACACACCCCUAUCAAUAACAUUUCUGGAAAUCAAACCACUAUUAGAUUCUUUUCAGCAAACCUAAUCAGGUGUUUGCUUCUGUGGAUGGAAGAAAGUCUUUUUCGCUGGAUUAAUCUUGCACAUUGUUAAAGCUUUGCUACAAUAUUAUACUAUCUAUAUAUAUAAAAAAAAAAAAACAUUCUUUCCAUUUUUCUUUAUUUUACUAUCCAGACAUCUAUGCCAUGUAGCAAGGCAACUGCAGUUCUCAAAGGCUGUGUCGAUUCUAUCCUGACUCCUCUCAAAAAAACAAAAAAAAUACGGACUGACUUAUGGGGCUUUGUAAACUCUUGUAGUGUUGUAGUUGGAACUAUAUAUCGGGAUCUGUAUACUCAAGUGUAGAUAGGAUUGUGAUGCCCGUUGAUAGUAGUGUGUAUUCUUUGAGCUCCCACUGGUGUGUGUGUGUGUAUCUCUGUGUGUGGAUAUAGAUAUUUGUGUGCCACAAGAUGAAAACCAGUAGUGGGAAUUACAAUUUGGAUUUUACCUAAAGAUUCCCCACCGAGAUUUUGUGAAAAUCUCCCCCUAGUAUUUGAAGUGGUUUGUGGUGGAACCUGUUACACAUCAAAUCGAGUUUGUUUUGGCUAGAGCUGUCAGCCAAGUUCCCUCUUGUAUUUUUACUUUUUAAAAUUUAUCUUAGUUUGCGGAAGAAGCCAUUUUGUCUGUGGAUAAUCACAUCUGGGCAGGGGUUUUCUUAAUGUUACAAUGGGCUUCAAGUGGGUUUGACUGGAGGUGAAGGUGAGCGGGCACAACAGCAGGUUGCUAAAAGAAGAAAAAAAUAUAUUUUGCAUUGCUUUGAAUUUGAAUUGACCUUCAGAGUUUACCUGCAGGGAGUCACUUGAUAGGGAAAUGCUAAAGCUACUUAAAGCCAUAUUCUCUUUCUAUUCCACACAUUGUAACAGCGAUCUGUUGUUUGGCUUGAGGCGUGUGCGUCUGUCACAACUUAGUGGUCCACUUCUAACACAUAGUCUUCCCUCUCUGAAUGCAAACACCAGCCAGCCUCGGACGAGGCGGCAUCGCUGAACAUUUCAGUCGGAUGCUUUGUUCAUCGCUCGAAUCGCCGUGGAAACCUUGUCUAGCCUCUUCAGGUUCCAGCUGACCCAUCUGUCACUAGUUCAAAGAGGGUUCAAGUUGCCGUUUGUCCGUGUCAUCGUGCCGUCCGGAGUCUGAAGCGGUUGCAGCGACGCAGCCGGUUCAGUGAGUUGCUCAAACACCCAGCCCUCCGCCGGUCAGCCGUAGAUCUGCGUCUCCACGGCGCAGGAAACGGUGAGAUCGGUCAGCCGUUUAGCGAAAGUCCGAGUGAAAUGAUUUCGAGCAGAAUCCCUGCGCCGGGCCCGUCGGCCUGCAGUUCCAAAUCCACGAACACAAAGCCGGGGCUUUGUCGGGACUCAAGAAGCCAUUUAAUUUAAUCCGUUUACUUGUCGUGGGUCUCACACGGCCGAUCGGAGAGCCCUCUGUGGAAGGUUUGAGCCGUCGAGGAUCAGCGCGACCCGCCGGCUUUGGGCUUUAGUUCUGCUCGCGGGACUCAUUUGAGAGGUUCUCGUGACGUGACAUCUUACUUCGUAACAGCCUUUACUAACUGACAGGUUAUUUUAUUUGUUAUGCAAAAAAGUCAAGGGCUUUUGGAACUCCAUCCACAGUAACCCGAAACAACCCAGAUUUAAGUUGUGUUGCCUUAAAUGAAUGAUCUAGUAAAUGGUGGACCAGUAGAUGCAAGUUUGACUGCUCCUCCAUCCCGUGCCCCCACCCCCACCCCCAUUUUCACGCACCACAGUGUAGGAACGGGCCUCAGCUGUUGCUUCCGUCACGUGAAUGCUAAGACCGUCUUGGACAUAUGGGGGUUCCUGUCCUGUCCGGUCUCCUGUUUGCUCGCGUCGCACUCAGCUGCUGGCCCUCAAUUCUUUCGUUUUUUGAAAGCCCCACAUGGACACAUUCUCUUGAACUAAUGUCGGGCACUGUGGUGUCGUCACCCUCAAAUGUUCAAAGAGCAUGGAAAGACUGCAUCACGCCUCAUCUGAUGUACGCCUUCAUGAUGAACACACUACAAAACAAAAAGCUUGAAAGAGGAGCAGUCCGGCAUUCAUUUCCAGGUCCACUUUUAGCACAGCACAACGUGAAUUCUUCUGCUGCAAAACCAAAUUGACCAUGCUCUUUUACAUAUGUCUUUGUAUACACAUGCAAUGUAUUUAUUUGCAUGUAUGUAUGAGUAUGAGACCUAUGGUUUUAUCCAUGAUAUGCUUGAUCUAUGGCUUAGACGCUCUUUUUAACCAUUAAAGAGAUUUAAAAGACAAAUAUGGUGCUAUCGGACCUCAUAUUGGGGUGGUCACAGCUGGUGACUGGUCAUGCGGACUCAUUGAUCAUAUCAUACUUAAAGAUGCUGCAUGUAAGAUUUUCUCCCGGGGGUGUUGGUGUGAAUUGACUUGUGACGGCGCCGAUACAAACGGUAGCCCCAAGCAUCUGCUUUCAUUGAGCGACGCGGGCCACUUUGAGACCGAUACUCUGACAAAUGUAACGAAGAAGGAGACGCUCCCUGCAGCAAACACCUCAUAGGGGCUACGGAAUGUACUGUUCAUGGUCGUCAGUGCAAUUUAACAGUGACAUGUUUAGAGAAAAUCCUACAUGUGUUACAUUUUACUAUCCUUGAUAUAUGCAGAUCUGUUCAACAGGUGUUUUGUGUUUUUUUUAUCCCCCCCCCCCCUACCAGUGCAAGUCAACACCCCUGCAGGGUUUGAAAGGACACGAAGUCACAUGUAGCCUCCCCGCCCCUCGAUCCCGCCCUACACUGUGUCCCAUCCUCAUGGCUGGGUCGGUCAAGGUGCGGCGUGCGUCGUUUGGUAGAUUAGCGGCAGCAGUAGGAGCCGUUUUAUCUCCUCGAAGAUAAAAUGCGGCUUUUUUUUUUCCUUUCAGAGAAGAGCCUUCCGUUUUCCUGUUUUUUUAGCUGCUCAAUUGUUACGACCUGGGUGAAGGUGGCGGUUUGAUUAGUCGAUGAGCGAAGGAUCCCAUCGCAGAACCUUUUCCCAGCUUCCCGAGCUGUGCUGAAGGUGAGCAUCUCCUGCAACGGGACGCAGAGUUAACGUUUCACGUAGAAGAGCAAAUGGUCCUGCUUGGGUACUGACUUUAACUGUUUUAAAGCAUUGAUACCUCAUAGGAUAUGGUGGAGCGACGUUCGUAGUUUCUUGUAGCAGAUUGAGAUUUGGUUCCGUACCAGGGUGAGAGGUCAGCCUCAGCAUUCCUCGUGUGGUCAUUCUCAUGUUUUGUGGAAUGCUCAAGCUCAUGUUACCUUCGUAUGUUCGACUGAACCAAAGAUGCCAGCGGCCGUGCCCAAAUGCUGCGCUUCCUGGCUUCCUGUCCUUCCAAAAGACAUCCCUGCAAUUGACGAAAUGUUUUUUGUUAUUGAGCAACCCAAUUAUUAUUUUUUUUUUCAAUGAAUUUUUAUUGAGUCUAUCUCUGAAGCCGUACAUGGAAUCAAUGAUAGUAAAAAAAAAAAAAAAAGAAAACAAAUUGUGGUCACGGUAGUUGUUUGUUUAUCAUUAUUAUUAUUAGUUGUACUAGGAUUAUUAGUAUUACAAUAAUUUACAAAAAUGAAAAUCCCAUGGUGUGCCUCCUAGCUUUAUGGGUUUCUAAAUGUUUUUUCCCUAAAGACCAGCAGUUAUACUUUGUAUAAAAGAUGGAUUCCUUAUUUUUUAUGCCAUUAAAGAUGAAAAAGCCUGUUUUCUUUACUCUGGACCCAUUGGCUGCACUGGUGUACAAUCACACUGAUGGAUGAAUAAAAACAAAUUAAAAAAAAAGAAUAAAUGAAUUAUUAAUAAUAAUUACAAAUGAAAUAAGAACUACAAUAAACUUGUUUGAAGCUUUUAUUUAAAAAAAAAAAAAAAACUAAAGAAAAUGACUUUUUGUACAUCAAAAUAAAUUCUUUUCAAAAGAAGUUUUUGGAUCUAGUUUCAAAAUUAUUUUAAUGAUUUUCUGAAAUUUUGAGACACUGACCUCUUAAGACAUCUCACUGUACAAAAUAACUUUUGCAGUGGCUUGAUGGGCUGGGAGGGUUGCUUGGUUUAUGUUUUGAUUUUCUUUUGAAUUUGAUCCUUUUUCAUUGGUAAAUUUGAAAAAUGUUGGUGGAAAAAUAUGAACUGGGAACUUCAUCCCUGUAGAGCUCAACCCCUUCGUUGCUAUUGAAUUGCUGUUGGUGUGACUAUUUGAAAUGGGCAUUUAAGAUAAGUAUGAUUCCAAAAGAAAAAAUGAACAGAUAUACAAAAAAAAUUAAAGUGUUUAAAGACUUUAUAUAGAUGGGUUAUCUGAGUAAGCAAUGGCUGUGAAGAUAAUGUAGUUUAAAACAUUGUUAUUACCUUUUAAAAUCAUUUAUUCAAUAAAAAAAAUAAAUCGGCA